CAGAAUUUUUCUAUUUAAGUGGCAACAAAAUCAGUUUUGACUAUUAUAGUGCGUAGUAGUUGAUAAAUUGAUCAUUUAAAAAUUCACCAUGAAGUUAAACAUUAUUGUCUUGGUUUUGGGGCUUGCAUACUCAGUACAGGCAACUCCUGCCCUAGAAGCCAGCAUCGACGUUAGAGAUCUCAUCGUAACAGUCUACAAUGCCGUCCUCAACGUCACCGGCAACGUCCUGGAAAAAGCUGUAGAAGCUGUAGACUACGUGGACAACUCAAAAGAAGCCAUCGAAGCUGCCCUACUUGCCGAGAUCCUCAAUGUAACUAACUCAGCGUGUAACUUGCAAUGGAAACUGCUGGAAUCCUUCAGGAACAACAGCAACACAGCAGGAGGCACCAUUAUCGACUGUAUGUUAUCCGAAAAAAACGUCAGCAACGCCGCCGUCCUCAGCGUCGCAAAUGACUUCGGAAGUUGCUUAAUCAACGGAUCGGCAACCCUGGGAACGAUCAAAGAAAUCCUGGAAGAGUGGCAAGGAUUCGUCACAGAAGUUCAAAAACAAGUGACCACUUUGAAAAACUGUAAGAGUCUGGAAGCGAUUUGUUUGGCAGCUUUUGAAGCCAGUCAAGCUGUUACUUAUGCCAAGUUGACUGCAGCUUUAGCAGCUGAUAAAGUGAAGCUGGACGCGAUAACUACGAAGAUUGCAACUCAUGUUCUUGAGUGUUCUCUGAAAGUACCGGUUGCAAUUGUUAAGGAUUUGCAGCAGCCUUUUAAUGAUAUUGCAACAUGUAUUUUAGGUUAGGAAAAAGCAUGUUUUGAAUAAAUUUUUCUGUAGUUAUUUUAA